AUGUUGAAGAAAAUCAGUGCGUUAGAGGCUGCAGGAGACCUAAACACAGUCACCAUGAAGCUGGGCUGUGUCUGCACGGCUGGGGCCUUCCACUUUUCUCCUACUAUGCUCUGGGCAGGCCCGAUGCUGCUGGCGGCUGGAUGUCCUGCUGCUGCCAGUUUUGAGACACUGCAGUGUGAAGGACCUGUCAGCACCCAGGACAGCAGCUGCGAUACUGAGGAGGACUUGACGAGCCCAAGGGAAGUUGACUUCCAGUUCAAAGGCUACACUUUCAGUAAACCCUUCCAUCUGAUUGUGUCCUACGACUGGCUGAUUCUCCAAGGUCCAGUCAGCCCUAUAUUUGAAGGAGACCCACUAAUUCUACGCUGCCAGGCCUGGCAAGACUGGCCACUGACCCAGAUCACCUUCUACCGAGAUGGCUCAGCUCUGGGACCCCCUGGACCUAAUAAGGAAUUCUCCAUCGCCGUGGUACAACAGACUGACAGCGGGCACUAUCACUGCAGUGGGAUCUUCAGGAGUCCUGGUCCCGGGAGCCCAGAAACAGCAUCUUCCGUGGCUAUCAAGGUCCAAGAACUGUUUCCAACCCCACUUCUCAGAGCCACCCCCUCAGCUGAGCCCCAAGAGGGGGGUCCAGUGACCCUGAGCUGUCAGACAAAGCUGCCCCUGCAUAGGUCAACUGCCCGCCUCUUCUUCUCCUUCUACAAGGACGGCAGGACAGUGCGCGGCAGGGGUCUCUCCUCAGAAUUCCAGAUCCCCAGAGCUUCAGAGGCACACUCUGGGUCCUACUGGUGUGAAGCAGCCACUGAGGACAACCAAGUUUGGAAACAGAGCUCCAAGCUGGAGAUCCGGGUGCAGGGACCCUCCAGCUCUACUGCAGCCCCCACCUUGAGUCCAGCUCCUCAGAAAUCGACUGUUCCAGAAUCUACUACAACCGAGUCGCCUGGACCUCACCCUCCACUGUCCACUCCUUCUAAGAAUCCAGGCUUCUCCUCUCCUCUGCGGGUGCCAGACCCCCAUCUGAAUCACCAGAUGGGCAUUCUUCUCAAACAAAUGCAGGAUAUGAGAGCUCUCCUUGGUCACCUGGUCAUGGAGCUGAGGGACUUAUCUGGCCACCUGAAGCUUGAGACCACAAAGGGUCAUGCCAAAUAGGAGUAAACAACCCCCUCCCACUUUUGCCCAACUACUCCCGAC